AUGCAUUUGGAUAGCCUCACUGUCACGGUCAGGGUAAGCAUAGGACAUAUCGCAACCAUUAUGAGCGUUUCUCUUCUCCGCUGCCGUAUCGGUGAGGUGAUAUACUGGGUUUACUUCACCCCCUUUCCCAGGGCUCGACUCUCCGGUCCCAAACUCUGGGCAGCGAUGCACUGGACGCUCUUGUUCAGGUCCAAGAUCAUGGGUACCAUGCCGACCGACGCGGUGGAGCUGCACAAGAAAUGCGGCAAAAUGGUGCGCAUAGGCACGGACAAGGUCAUGGUCGACGGCAGUAUCGCCUGGUCCCGUGUCCAUCAGCGACAGCCCAACCAGCCCCAGUUCGGGAAGUACCCAGCAGUGUACGGACGAGAGCGAAAACUCUGA